AUGGGCGUCAUGUGCACGAUCGUGGCCGCCGUGCUCUGCAGUACGCUGCUGAUGGUGUCGGUCGUCUUCAUUGGCGCAAGUUCUCGACUUGAGGCGGAGGCCCGGUUCACCGUCCCGGAGGUGGGUAAAGGGAAGCCGGACGAUGCGGCCGGUCUCUGGGAGUUGAUGUCGGCGGCAACCGUUGCACCGGCGGGCUUGCGGAUCGACGACCUGAAGACGCUGCGCGAGGCGGAGUCGUUCGAAGCGGAUCCACUCGAGGACGAUCUCGAUGGAGCGGACAGUCACGUGGUGGUGCAGGUUUACUCGGUCGACUCGGAGCAGGAGCUAGCCAACCGCUCAUCCGGUGCACCGGUACGUACGAUGAAGAUGCCGAAGCUGGUCGGAACACCGAAACCGGAACCGCUGAACGGGAAGGCAACGGAUCGCGUCGAGCGAAAAGUUUUCGCACCGGUCAAGAGCAUUCAGGAGCAGCUGGACAAGCUAGAAUCGGGGGAACGUCGGCCGGCCAGGAAGGAGCCGGUACUACGGGAGCAGUUCUACAUCGCGGAUGAUAGCGGAUCGCGACAGGUGGAGUCCGACCGUCGACCGUCGGUGAAGAACUUGGGCGAAGCGGAAGAAGUCAGCGUUCCCCGGAAACAGCCGCCACUGAGGCAGGAGAAACAGUACGGCGUUUCGUCACGCUUGGAGUUCGGCGACCAGACGAACCAACGAAUGCUGGACGAGUUCUUCGCCCAGCGAAACCAGGACGCACUGGCAGCGAGACGAUCGAACUACGACUGGGACGAGGGUUUGCUCCGUUCCCGGAAACUGGAGGAGAUCAAAAAUCGCCAUCGAGUGGCGGCAAGUGCGAGGAAGAAGAUCCAUCCCAACUAUCCCGUCGGUUCGGAGUGGGAAGACGAUCGGAGCUACGAUCAAUAUGCCGAGUACGGAACGGCCGAGGACGAACGGUGCAGUUACGGAUUGCCUCGUCUUGGGCGGAAGCAGCGAGCGACCCCACCGCAGCAGCAGACACACGUCCUUAACACCAUGCCGAUCGUGGCGAUCGAUGGCGAUGGCUCACCGCCGGCUGGAAGUCCGGGCGAUAAGUCGCCGCUGGAGCGAUCCCGUUUCCACUACUCGCUGCCGUCGAUGGUGUUCAACCCGUACGCCUGGGAUCCGUACCACUUCAACAUGCUCCGGUUUCCGCAGUGCGCCGCCUGUCAGCAGAAUGCCCGGGCACUCUGCACCAAGUGUGGCCUGUGUGCUGAUUGCUGUGCGCACAGCAAGUGCACCUGCGGCUGCCUGAACGGCUAG